GUUGUUCCCAGAUGGCAGGAGGCAUCUUCACCAACUUGGGUAAUCUGUGUAAUGUGGACUGUGCGAAUGUCCACCCCCUGGUGUGUCACCUGUGCCACGAGCAGUACCAGUCCCCAUGUUUAUUGGAUUGUUAUCACAUCUUCUGUGCCCGCUGCCUGCGAGGUCGGACCAAUGACGCCCGCCUCAGUUGCCCCCUCUGUGGAUACCCGUCUAUAAUUAAAGGAAAUAAUGGACUUCCACCAGAGGAUCGUCUGCUGAAGUUUCUGGUGGACAACAAUGCAGACGCUGAGGAGACGGUGCAGUGUGCCAACUGUGACCAGGAGAGUGACAAAAAGGACACGGGAGUGAUGUAUUACUGUAAUACUUGCAGUCAGCCGCUGUGUGCGGCGUGCAGAGAGCUGACACACAAGGCCAGAAUGUUUUCCCACCAUGAGAUCGUGUCCCUGGCCAAACGCACCAAAACAAAACACAGGAAAUGCUCUCUCCACGAGGAGCCCUACAUCCUUUUCUCCACGGAAAACAAGUCUAUGCUUUGCAUCAAAUGCUUCAGAGACAUGCAAGUGGAAAGCCGAAGCCACUGCAUUGAUAUAGAAACUGCUUACGCACAGGGCUGUGAGAUGUUGGACCAGGCUGUGCUGGUGGUGAAAGAGCUGCAAACUUCGACGGGAGAGGCGAUCCUCCUGCUGAGAGCCAUGAUCGGAGAAGUGUGUCUGAAUGUGGAGGAAGAGGAGAACGCAAUCUGCUGCCUGUUCAACAGUUUGCAGGAAAAACUAGCAGAGAGGAAGAAGAUUCUGCUGAAAGCAGCUCAGAGUCAGCACGAGGAGAAGGAGAAGGCACUGAAGGAACAGUUGUCCCACCUCUCCGCCCUCCUGCCAACUCUCCAGGUCCACCUGGUCACCUGUUCGGCCUUCCUCAGCUCAGCGAACAAGUUUGAGUUUUUGGAUAUGGGCUACCAACUCAUGGAGCGGCUGAAGAGGAUUGUAAAGCUCCCUCAUCGACUGAGGCCGGUGCAGAGCAGCAAAAUCAACACAGAGUACAGGAGUGAGUUUGCUCGCAGCUUGGAGCCUCUGCUGCAGAUCGGACAGCGCUGCCCUCCUUCUGUCACCGGCUGCACCAGCGUCGCAACGAGGCUCCACUCCCCUCUUUCUGUGUCCUGUCGCUCGCCGUCUCUGAGUGAGAUGCCCCUCGGCUCGGCUUUCGGGCGAAGGCCCACGUCUCAUCGCAACAUCUGCACCAAGGUCCUCCUGGCCGAGGGCCGGGAAACGCCCUUCACCGAGCACUGCCGCAAUUACGAGAACACGUACAGGACCCUCCAGACCGACAUCCAGAGCCUGAAGGACCAGGUCCAGGAGCUGCACAGAGACCUGACCAAGCACCACUCCAUCAUCAACACAGAGAAAAUGGGAGAGAUCUUGGAGCGAUCGCUGCACAUCGACAGUCAGAUAGCGGCCCAUUACUCCACUGUGGAAACUAUGAGAGUCAUGUUUGAAGAGAUUUGGGAUGAAACUUUUCAGAGGGUCACCAACGAGCAGGAGAUCUAUGAAGCCCAGCUUCACGACUUGAUGCAGCUGAAACAGGAGAACUCCUACCUGACCACCAUCACCCGACAGAUCAGCCCCUACAUCCUGUCUAUCGCCAAAGUCAAAGAGCGACUCGAGCCAAGGCUUCAGGAGCAUAAAGAGCACCUGGAUGACCGCACAGCAACAAUGCUGAGAAUCUACGAGGACAGCAUCACGGCAAAGGAGAGUCAGCAGAGUGACGGCCAGGCCGGUGUCACGGAGCAGGACAGAGACAAGAGCAGCCGCCCACUGCUGCACGAGUCGGGGGAGAGCUCUGUCAAACCCCAUCGCCCGGGCAGGCAGAGGGGCCCCGCCGAGACGCCCAGCGGCAAUGACGUGCCUUCAUAA